AUGGCCACACAGACGAAACUCCAGACAGGCGCAUGGCUCGAAACCCCUGGGCCAAAUGCUCGAGUCGUGAUUCGCAACGAUCUUCCCAUUCCAUCGCCGUCAAAAGGCGAGGUACUGGUGAAGCUUGAGUGUACUGGAGUUUGCCAUUCUGAUGUAUAUGGCAUUACCGGUCAGACAUCGAGGAGCACUAAUAUCAUGGGUCAUGAAGGAAUUGGUCGGAUUGUGGAAGUCGGACCAGGCGCUUCACAAGAUCUUCUACAAAAACGUGUUGGUGUCAAGUGGCUAUAUAGCUAUUGCAACGAAUGUGAAAUAUGUGAAGUGAAUGUGACGGCCUGUCCAAAUCAGCACAACUCUGGCAGGGACGUUCCAGGUACUUUUCAGCAAUAUGUUGUGUCGCCCAUUGAGCCUCUGACUAUGAUACCUGACACUCUCGAUUCUGCUAUGGCAGCUCCUUUGUUAUGCGCUGGUAUCUCGAUUUACUCAGCUAUCAUGAAACUGGAUCUUAAAUCCGGGCAAUGGCUUGUGAUCCUUGGCGCUGGUGGAGGAUUGGGACAUAUCGGAGUUCAGAUCGCGCAGAGGAAAGGCUCAAAGGUCAUUGCCGUAGACACCGGAGAGGAGAAACGGAAAUUAUGUAUGGAUCUUGGAGCAACGUGUUUCCUAGACUUCAAAACGGACGAUGUCACUACUGAAGUCAAAAAACUAACAAAUGGUUACGGAGCACACGGUGCCGUCUGUUUAUCAGGAAUACGAGCAGGAUACGAGUUGGCUCUGUCAGUUCUCCGCAACUUGAGUUCACUUGUUCCUUAUAAAAUGGCUGUGCAUGGUUUCACGAUAAUUGGCUCUUCUGUUGGGACGAAGGCCCAAUUAGAUGAGCUAUUGCAAAUGGCUGUGAGAGGGGAAAUCACUACUAUCACGAAAGUCCACGAAUUUGAGGAGCUGGAUGAUUUGUUGGAGAAGUUGAAGAGAAAUCAGAUCUCUGGAAGAGUGGUUGUGAAGAUUCCGCAGUAG